CCGCGAGUUCAGUUCGGGUAGUGAACCAAAUCCCCGAAGUAGAAGUAACCUGUUCGGUCUAAGUGUUGAGGUGUGGAACUGUUGUUAAUUGUGCGCUGUCAACAUGGUGACCCUUAGAUCCGGAACCGUUACCACCCCCUACAGCAAAGAGCAGGAGGAGAGAGCUGCCGCCCUUCUGCGUGAGAAGAAAGAGAAGAUGGAGAAGAGGGAACUAAUCAGACAGGCUAAGAUGUUGGCGCUGCUGGAGGAGCAGGAAGCAAAGAAGAGGCAGAUGGAGGAGGAGAUGGAAAGAUGGAAGAAGGAGCAGGAGGAGAAGAUGGCAGCUAUUCAGGUGGAAGAAGAAGAAGAAAAAGAAGAAGUGGAAGAAGAAGAAGAAAGACCGCUGGAGAGGAGAAGAGGAGGAGGAAGCACAAGUAAAGAAGUGGAGAUUGCGGAAAGGGCGCAGGAGUGGGCCGCACAUUUGAAGUUAGGGGAAGACAAGGAGGCUGAGAUGGCUGUACCCGAGGAAGAAACAGAAGCAGCCAGGAGGCAAAUUGAAGCAGAGAGGGAUCCAGUAAAGAGAGGGGCAAAGGAGGAGGAACAGCGGAUGGCGUGGAGAUACCGGUUAUCCCAAGAAAGGGUCAGGAGAUUGGAAGCGGCAGAGAGGGCGGACAAGGACCUAAGAGCGUCGGAAGUUAGGAUGGGGAAGAUCCGAGCGGAGACUGAGCUAGCAACCAAGUCAGAUACGCUGAUCCAAAGUGUAGAGGCUUUAUUAGUCGCACAGCGGGAACAAAUGCAGUACGAACGCAGUCAAGACAUCAAGAUAGACGCGAUACGCGCGGGGUUCAAGGACUUCGCGUGCGACAUGAUGAAACACCUGCUGACCGAAGUGCACAUUGCGAUUAAUAGGACCCAAGAGUUUUGUACUGGCGCCAUUGAAGGCGCCAAGCUAGCGGCCCCUAAGGAAGAGGAGCCGGCCCCACCACGUCCCGAGAAAGUCAAGGUCCGAUUUCCCCGAACCCUUCAGUGAGAAGAAGGGUGAAGAUUUUGAUAACUGGGAGGCCAAUGUGCACUCAUAUC